AUGGCAUUCUCAUCCCUCAAGAAAUUAUUCUCCCUAGUUAUCCUGUUUCUUGCGUUACAUUUUCAACUCAAUGUUGCUUUUGAUACAACUCAAGAAGCUCAAGCUCUUCUCAAAUGGAAAGCCAACCUUCAAAACCAGAAUAUCCUCUCUUCAUGGACUCUAUAUCCUGCUGAUGCCACCAAUAAUUCUACCCACCUCAAAACCAAAAUGAACCCUUGUACUUGGUUUGGAAUUUCUUGUGACCAUGCGGGAAGAAUCCAUAGAUUUAACCUGUCUAAUUCAGGUUUAAAAGGUACGCUCGAUGAAUUGUCAUUCUCAUCAUUUCCCCAUCUUGCAUAUCUUGAUCUCUGCAUUAAUGAACUCUUUGGCUCCAUCCCAUAUCAAAUUGGUGUCCUUUCCAAACUAAAGUACCUUGACUUGUCAACUAAUCAGUUUUCCGGGAAAAUACCCUUAGAAAUUGGUCUCUUAACACAUCUGGAGACACUUCACUUGGUUGAAAAUCAGUUGAGUGGUUCAAUUCCUGAAGAACUAGGCCAGCUAAGUUCUCUUAAUGAUCUUGCACUGUAUAGCAACCGUUUGGAAGGUUCAAUUCCUACUUCUUUGGGUAACUUGAGUAACUUGUCUUGGUUAUAUCUUUAUAAUAAUUCACUUUCUGGUUUCAUUCCUCCAGAGAUAGGAAACCUCUCUAAUCUAGUUGAACUAUACAUGGAUACCAAUAAUUUAAUUGGUUCCAUCCCUUCCAAUUUCGGGAGACUUAGAAAGCUAACCGUGUUGCACAUGUUUGAGAACCAGCUUUCUCGUUCCAUUCCUAAGGAAUUAGGGAAUUUGGAAUCCGUCAUUGAUAUUAGCCUUUAUAGCAACAAUCUUUCAGAAAUACGAAACUUGAAAUACCUUAUUGAUUUAGACUUAAGUGAAAAUAAACUUAAUGGUUCAAUUCCUGCUUGUUUGGGAAAGUUGACCAACUUGUCUCUAUUGAGUCUUCACCAUAAUUUAUUUUUUGGUUCUAUUCCACCAGAAAUGGGAAACCUUUCUAAUCUAGUUGUACUUUACAUGAGUGCCAACUAUUUAACCGGUGCCAUUCCUUCUAGUUUUGGGAAACUACGAAAGCUAAGCGUGUUGUACAUGUUCAAGAACCAACUUUCCGGAUCUAUUCCUCAAGAAUUCGAAAAUUUGGAAUCUCUCACAGAUAUGAGUCUUUAUGACAACGAUCUUUUAGGUUCGAUUCCAACAUUUCUAGGUGGUUUAAGAAAUCUCAGAUAUCUUUAUUUAUAUCACAAUCAAUUUAGUGGUUCAAUUCCCUCUUCUUUGGGAAAUUUGAGUGACUUGUCUCUAUUGAUUCUUAAUGAGAAUGCACUUUCUGGUUUCAUUCCUCAAGAACUUGGAAAAUUGAGAAACCUCAAAGUUCUUCAAUUGUAUGGUAAUCAACUUAGUGGAUCUAUUCCCACAGAAAUAGGAAAUUUGAAAUCUCUUCAUAUUCUGUUCUUAGGUGAGAAUCAACUUAAUGGCUUUAUCCCUCCUUCUUUUAAUAAUUUGAGCAACUUACAUAAGUUGACUCUUCGUGAUAAUAAUCUUUCUGGUUUUAUUCCUCAAGAGAGUUGA